AUGGAAUUCAGUGUCCUUUUCUUUGGACUUCUUUUCGGCCACUUGGAUAGUCGUACUAGCAUCAAGCGUGCUAUUGUAGCCACCGCGGUCAUAACCGUUGUGUACACCAUUCUUCAGGUAUAUUUGUCGAUAUUCAUUCUACCCUUCACACCGCUUCGUCAGCGAUUCCUUCUGCCAAAAAAGCGUCGUUUCUAUGUUUACUGUGCGUUUUUGUUGUUGCUUGACAUCCUACUUGUCACCGGCUCAGGUCUUUUACUCGCUGACGCUUUGGACGGCAUGUGUGUGAUCGACGCCGCCUCCUAUACAUAUUUUGCGUUUUACGCACCUCUGAUGUACGCCGCAUUUUUACGAGGAUAUGUAUCCAUCAACCAAUCGGCGCUGUACUUUUCGUAUGUUGUACAAAAAAAUUUUCCGGGACAAAUUUCCAGCGUAUCGAAUUUGAACGAAUUUUAUGGCACCGCCGAAUCGCUCGAUCAAAACGCACCGAGCACCGCUGACCUGUGGUCAACCGUCGAUUGCAGUGACCUGCAUUCAAGCGGUGUAAGUGAUACUGCUCAUGGACCGACGCGUUUGCCAGCCACUGGACAACUGUCGAUUCCCCCUGCCGUCCGGGUGUAA